ACAACGCAUGAACAUUUGGGAGGGAAGAACAUUUGGGAUUCCCGCCAUCAGAAAACCCCCAGCUUUCAAGGUUACUCAUCUCUUUGCUCAACUCAAUCCUUCCCCAAAAAAUCUCCAUUUUUCUGUCUCCUCUUUCUUCUUCAAGCUUUUGAGUUUAAAGCUGAAUGCAACAUCAAUGGUGAAAUCCGACUACGAUUCAAAGUCAGAUGGCCUCGAAAUCCUCUCCAUUGGAGCUCUAUACACCGGACCUUGGGAUAAGAAGUACUGGAGUUCCUCUAGGGGAAAAGACCGAUAUCCUUACCCAAUUGGCUACCAAGCCCUUAGAACCCACAAUGGGCUCACUUAUAAGAUGGAAAUUCAUGAGGGUUCAAAAGGGCCCAUAUUUCAGAUUACCUCCAAUGACAAGCAAUUUGGUUCUGGAGAAACACCAGACAGAGCAUGGGAGAACUUUCAGAAGAAAUGCUUGACUCGUAUCAAGCUUUGGCAUGGGAAGAGAUCUUCUGGCAAAAUUGAUGGCGUGGAGUUUUUUGGAUUUAAAAAUGCAUUGGUCCAGAGAUUACUCCGGGAGCUUGUAGCCACUGUUAAUGAUGCCUCUGAUCGGAGUUCAGUUUUUACCAACUGUAAUGAAGCUUCUCCAAAAGUUCAUGACGCUGAGUGCCUCAUGACACAGAAAUACCCUGAUCUGAGGUCAUGUCUUGAGAAAACUACUGUAACUGGUAAGAGAAGCAGAACCUCUAGAGGAACAGAUACAAAGUUAGCUUGUAAAAGUGGUCAUGAAAGACGGCAACCUCCACAUCUAGGAAUUGAUACCAAGGCUCUAUAUUCUUCAUCUGGGAAGAUGGACAUUGACGAACCCCUAAUUUCCUGUGCUCUGAGUGAUCACCAUGAUAAAGGGGCUUUGCAAGUAACAUCAAACAUGGAGCUUGGAGAUAAUACUUUGUUGUCAGCUCAUGGGCUACCUGUAAAUUCUCAUGAAGUUCCUGGUGAUCCAAAAACUGAAUCUUGUUUAAUCCAAGUGCAGAGUGAGCCUCCUCUCAUGGAAACAUGCGUAGCAGCAUCGUCACUUGGUGUAGACAUGCCACAAGAUGAGAAAUCUCUUGACAGACAAUGUAUUGAAAUCCAAGCAGUUGGUUUACCUGUGGCAACUCAAGAAGGGAGUCAGAAGGUUCAAGUUAUACCUGACUUGUUAAAGCCAAGGUCUCCACUUCUGAGGGAUUCCCAGGUCAGUCAUGCUGGUGAUCUAUUUGCGCCUGACUCCUCGGAUACGCAGCAAGAAAUUGCCUGUGCUCCAAAUUCUGGCAGUUAUAGUGGAGAGCAGGCCAUAGCAAAAAUUGAACCAGUUGGUGAGAUGGCGUUUUCCGAGGAGGCCAUAAUGGGAUCACAUUCAGAGGAAGGAAGCUACUUGAAUGGAAAUUCUGAAAAAAGUGAUUUUGAUUCUGUUGAUGAAGAUAUAGCUAAGUCAAUGAUGGCACUUUUAGUUCCGCUAGCAGUUCCACUUCUUACAUAUUCAUCACGUAAAAGGAGAAAAACUAAGCGCCAUAAAAAUUUACCAUCUGCUGUUGUCAAAUCUUCUGGUGGAAAAGUUGCUUGUUCUGGUUCAAAUGGACAAACAAAAGCGCAUCUUUCGAGUGCAAUUGGUUCUGGACUAUCUAUGAUGGAAAACCUCAAAGAUGUUGUUCAAGACAGUGUAGAAAAUGACCGGUAUGAAGAUCAUGUAGCCAAUGAGCUACCAACUGCCGAUAAUGCACAAGCAGUUGAUGCCCAUUUGCAGAAGGAGAAGCAAGAACCUGAUAAAAGAGGGUCGUCUCCUGCACUUGAUGUACCUGAUUUUUCCGCUCAUCAAAAAGAGAUCACUGGAAUCAAAGAAAAUCUCAGAUAUGUUCCGGACAGUGUAGAAGAUGAUCAGUAUGAAGAUCGUUUAGCCAAUGAGUCACCACCUUCUGAUGAUGCUCAAAUAGUUGCUGCACCACCUUCCAAUAAUGCUCAAUGUGUUGCUGCCCCACCUUCUGAUAAUGCUCAAGCAGUUGCUGCCCAUUUGCAGAAGGAGAAGCAAGAACCUGAUAAAAGAGGGUCAUCACCCGUACUUCAUGCAACUGAUUUUUCCUCUCAUCAAAAUGAGAUCACUGGAUCCAAAGAAAAUUUCAGAAAUAUUGUUCCAGACAGUGUAGAAAAUGACCAAUAUGAAGAUCAUGUAGCCAAGGAGCUACCGCCUUCCGAUAAUGCUGAAGCAGUAGCUGUCCAUUUGCAGGAGGAGAAGCAAGAGCCUGAUAAAAGAGGGUCAUCUCCUGUAUUUGAUGCAACCAAUUUUUCCUCUCUUCAUUAUGGGAUCACUGAUUUCAAAGAAAACCUCAGAUAUGUUGUUCCGGACAGUUUAGAAAAUGACCUGUACGAAGACCAUGAAGCCAAUGAGCUACAACCUUCCAAUAAUGCUGAAGUAGUUGCUGCCCAUUUGCAGAAGGAGAAGCAGGAACCUGAUAAAAGAGGGUCAACUCUUGUACUUGAUGCAAACAAGUUGUCCUCCCGUCAAAAUGAGAACUCUAAAUUCAAAGAAAUUUUCUUUCAUGAUGAAUUGCAGAAAAUAAAUGUCGGAAUGUCUCAGAAUGAUUGUGCUUUUGCUCUUCAGUCUGCUGUGCCCUGCCAAUUGUCUGUUCCCCUGGAUUGUGUUGCUACAUGUUCCACACCAGACGAUCAGUGCAAAAAUGCAGAUAAGAAUUCAAAAUCCAUUGAGAAUUGCUCCAAGUACACAGAUCUGGAGAUUAUGCCUGAUUGCAAAGGGCCCAGGUUUAUUUCUGUACCUGAAAAGCAACAAUGUUCCCCUGAAAAUAUACACCCAAAAAUGGAUAAAUAUGGAGCGACUCUGUCAGAGAGCAUAAUUUGCAGGGACAUUUGGGACAAAUGUGUUCCUGAAAUAAAUCAAAAUUCUGGAAACUCGGUAUCUACCAAUUCUUGCCAAGAUAGUGCAUUCGGUGAUAGUGACAGUAGCAAAGCUUUAUUCAGUAGAAGUAGGAUUGGAGGACAUAUUUCUAAUUUGCAGAAUGGUGAUAUGGAAGAUGCUUUGGCUCAAGAUUGUGUCUUGCAAGACCAAGCAUUGCGUUUUACCUUCAGUAAGAAUGAUGUACAAUUAACUGACGGGGGCAAUUUCCACGUGAGAAAAUCUGAGGCAUACAUUGACAAGGAUAGGAUUGGAAAUCAACAUUCUGAUUCUGUAUACCAGUUAUCAGACCAGGGAAAAGGUUUUUCUCCGAAUUGUGCAUCCCAUAUCCAGGUAGAUGAAGCUGAAAUCAAUCCCAGUUGUCUGAACAAACAGGAUUUCAAUGAUCAGAUAGGUGGCAGUACGAAGCUUAUUGGUUGUUAUUCUCAUCCAAUGCGUAUUUCAUCGGUAAUGUUGACAAGAACACCCCAGGAAAUCUACAUUUGUGUUUCAUGUGGUCUUCUGGAAGAAAAGAGAAGGGACUUGUUUCUGUACAAGCUAUCUACUGUGGAACCUAGUUCGGGGAGCCCUUUUAUGGUUGGUCAUACGUCUAUGAGCUUACCUUCCCUAAAAGAUGAAUUUGGUAGAGAAGUUGCAGUCGAUAAAUUUGGGUUACAGUUCACGCCAGACGCUAGUAGCCUAGUUAUAGCAGACUCCAUCAGGGUGCCUUACUGCAGGGAGAAAAAUCUUCACUGUUUGUGUCCGCAAUGUGAAACUAGCUGCUUCGAGGAGAAUGCUGUAAAGAUUGUACAAAUCAAACUUGGCUACGUCUCCCUUGUGGUGAAGCUGAAAACAAUUUUUUCUGUUCAUUGCUUAAUAGUUUGUGAACCUGAUCGUCUGAUCGCCGUGGAUGAGAGUGGAAGAAUCUACAUAUGGAUUAUGAAUUCAACCUGGAGUGAACAGACAGAGGUAUAUGUUAUACCAAGCUAUGACUUUCUCCCAUCUCGCAUUGUAGAGUUGAAGAGAAUUCCUAAAUCAGCUUCUAUGGUGGUUGGGCAUAAUGGUUACGGAGAAUUUAGUCUGUGGGACAUAGUCAAGCGCACUCUUGUAUCACAAUUUUCUGCUUCAGCAAGUUCAGUUAUCGAUUUUCUACCAGUAAGUUUGUUUAGAUACCCAAGCAAGGGCCUGUCUCAUGACAAAGUUGUCAUAGAGGAAUUUGUAAGGAAUCUUAAGGAAGCAACUAUGUUGUGGUUCUCAAGGCAUGAUGUAGCAAAUAUCUCAUGCCCAAUGGAAGGUGAAGAUACUGCUAUCUGGCUUCUUUUAUGCACUUCAUCAGACACUCGUGCUCAAACUUCUUUUAACUCAAGUAAUCACCAUUUGAACUCGGAUGGGUGUUGGAGGCUUGGUUUGUUGAUGAAAAAUAUGGUGACUUUGGGAGCUGCUCUUAAUUCAAGCAUUACUGCAAUUGGUACAUCAUCAAGCACUGGAAUCAUUGGUACCCAAGGAGGACAUGUGUAUACAUGGGAAUUGGCCACUGGAAGAAAACUUGAAGCCUUACAUGAUCUUGAAGGCAAGGAAGUCUUGCAUAUUGCUAUUACUGAUGAGUCAACCUCAUCUGCUGUGGCUGUAGCCGGAGAUGGUGGUCAGUUGUGCGUUUAUCUCCGCUCUUGAAAUCUUGUGAAUAAUCAUACAUGCAUAUAUUUUGUCUGCUAAAGCAAUUUCCUACACACUACAAAUGUAUUGGAUAUGUACUGUGAUAAUGAUACACCUGGUUGUGCUGGUGCAUAAUACCCUCAUGAUGGCUAGCCAUGGUUGCUCGUGCUGUUCAGUUGCCAAACCAGAAACUGCACUGAGUUCAAUCACUGUUGAGUUCUGCACAGCUUAAGGAAGAAAGGGACAGAGGCUGCAUAUAAGUAGUCAGCUAAAACUGGUUGUUCUCUGAAGCAAAAGACAGGAACUAACCUACCAAUCUUUUUUUUUAUCCUAGGAACAGGAUACCAGGUUUCAUGUGCAUUAGAUGUAAAUCAACAUAUCAUAAUGUAAAUUUUAUUCUUUUGGAAAUUCUUUCCUUGUAAAUGUAAUGAACACAUCAUUAAAAUGACCCCCUUUUUG